AUGCCAAAAUUGGUUGAAGUGAAUCUUGAGGGGAAUUCCAUCGAGGGUUCUAUCCCAGACUUAUCCAAUUCCACCAGCUUGCAAUAUCUAUUGCUUGCAAACAAUCGGUUAACGGGUGUAGUUCCACCUUUUCUGGGAUUUCUCAAUAAUAUCUCUCAAGUUUCAUUGGAAAACAACUGGUUGCAGGGUCCUCUUCCUGCAUUUAAUAAGAGUCGGGCUCCAAAGCUAAAUUUCACUUCUAAUGGAUUCUGUUUAGACCAUCCUGGACCUUGUGAUCACAGAGUCAUCACUCUGCUUCAAGUUGCUCAGACACUUUAUUAUCCAUUUCUGCUGGCACAAUCGUGGCGAGGAAACAAUCCGUGUCAAGAUUGGAAUUUUAUCACCUGUGAUGAUAAGGGCAACAUCAGAACCGUAAAUUUGACCAACUUGAAUUUGACGGGAACAAUAUCUCUCUCAUUCAAGAAUUUAACGGUUCUGGAAGGAUUGUAUCUUGGUGGAAAUAGACUGAACGGUUCCAUACUAGAUAUCUUGACAAGUCUACGACAACUCAAGAUUCUGGAUGUGUCUAACAAUAAUUUAUCGGGAAGUCUUCCACCGUUCUCAAAAAAAACCAUUGUCAUUACCACAGGCAAUGCUUUUCUCCAGCAGUCUCACUCGCCGAAAACCUCGCUCUCUUCUACUUUCAUUAUAGGUAUAUCAGCUGGUGUUGGCGUUAUUGUAAUGAUCUUUGUUGCAAUUUCUUAUUAUUGCAAGAGGCAUUUCAGUAGGAUAAUGCUGAACAAAGAAACAUCUCUUGUUCGACAAUUUGGGGAGCAAAUAAAUAAUGCAACACUAGUGAGAUAUACUUAUGCAGAAGUAGAACAGAUGACAAACUCAUUUCAAGAAGAGUUAGGAAAAGGAGGAUUUGGUAUUGUAUACAAAGGAAGUUUAAAUGAUGGUUGUCAACUGGCAGUGAAGAUACUUAAGGAGAUGAAAGGAAGUGCAGAAGAAUUUGUAAACGAGGUUGUUACUAUCAGUAGAACAUCUCAUGUGAACAUUGUUUCACUUUUGGAAUUUUGCUAUGAAAUGAAUAAACAGGCUCUUAUUUAUGAAUUCAUGUCUAAGGGCUCUUUGGAUAAAUAUAAAUGUAAAGAGGGAUCUUCCGAGUUAGAUUGGAAAACACUACUUCAGAUUGUAACUGGCGUUGCUCAAGGGUUAGACUACUUACAUCGAGGGUGCAAUACAAGAAUUUUGCAUUUUGAUAUCAAACCCCAAAAUAUGCUUCUUGAUGAAAAAUUUUGUCCAAAAAUUGCUGAUUUUGGACUAGCUAGAAUAUGCAAAAAGGAUGAAAGUGUUGUGUCUAUAUUAGACAGAAGAGGGAUUCCGGGUUAUAUUUCACCAGAAAUGUUUAGUCGAAGGAAUGGUAGAGUUUCUCACAAGUCAGAUGUAUAUAGUUAUGGAAUGCUAAUUCUUGAAAUGAUUGGAGGAAACGAUAAUUAUGAUAUUGGAGAAUCUCAUAGUACUGAAUACUUUUCUGAUUGGAUUUUGAAGGAUAUCAAAGAAGAUAAAAUUCGUCUAUUGAGAUUUGCUUCUGGAAAAGAUGAUGAAGAUAUAAUAAAAAAGAUUUUAUUUGUCGGUUUAUGGUGCAUCCAAAUGAAUCCAUCAGAUAGACCAAAAAUGUGUAAAGUGGUGGAAAUGUUACAAGGAAAACUUGAAUCAAUAUCACUAGAGUCCAUCAUAUCUUCUCCGACAGUACCUCUCUUAUAG